AUGGCACCACCCAAAUCGUAUAACAUAGAGACAGAAUUAGUCUUUUCGAAGUCAACGGACCAGCAUAAUGCUUCGGUCCCACCGUUAUAUCAGUCCGCGACGUUCAAGCAAAAUUCGUUAUCGGAUAUGGGCGAAUACGAUUAUACUAGGUCUGGAAAUCCAACAAGAACAUAUUUGCAAAAUCAUAUUGCUAAGAUCAUGAAAGCUGACCAUGCAUUCGCAGUUACAAGUGGUAUGGGAUGUCUUGAUGUUAUAACCAGAAUUUUAAAGCCGGGCGAUGAAGUAAUGGCCGGAGAUGAUUUAUAUGGGGGAACUAACAGAUUAUUGACAUAUUUGAAUAAGAAGGGAGACUUAAAAGUGCAACAUUGGGACACUACAAACACCGAAUUAUUUACUUCAAAGAUAACUGAAAACACCAAGAUGAUUUUUCUUGAAUCACCUACCAAUCCGUUAAUAAAGGUCUGCGAUGUCAAGGCUAUUACUGAUUAUGCGCAUAGAAAAAACCCAGAUGUGGUCGUCGUAUUCGACAACACAAUGAUGUCGCCAAUAUUGAUGACUCCUCUUGACUUAGGAGUUGACAUUCAGUACGAAUCUGCUACCAAGUACCUUAACGGUCACCACGAUAUUAUGGCAGGGGUCAUUGCUACCCGUGAUGCGAAAUUGGCCGAAAAAUUGUACUUUGUUAUCAACUCCACCGGUUGCGGAUUAUCGCCAUUUGACUCAUGGUUAUUGAGCAGAGGUUUGAGAACUCUUGCUGUAAGAGUCGAGAGACAGCAACAAAACUGCCAAAAGAUCGCCGAGUUCUUGUCCAGUAUAGGAUUCAGAGUCAGAUACCCGGGAUUGAAAAGCCACCCUCAAUAUGAAUUACAUGCGUCUAUGUGUAGGGGGGCCGGUGCCGUUAUAAGUUUUGAAACCGGCAGCAUCAAGACAUCGGAAAAAAUUGUCGAAAACACAGAUAUUUUUGGUAUUGCUGUUUCGUUCGGGUGCGUAAACUCGUUGAUCUCCAUGCCAUGUAAGAUGUCACACGCUUCUAUCGAUGCUAAAACCAGAGAAGAAAGAGAUUUCCCUGAAGACUUAAUCAGAUUGUGCAUUGGUAUUGAGAACUCCGACGACUUAAUUAAUGACUUGACAAAGGCUUUAUUAAAGAGCGGUGCCGUCAAGAUUAACUCCAAGGAUGAAUUAUUCAAUGCUGUAUCAGUUCAACCAAAGUUAUAA